CUCUCAGUUGGUGCCUAUGCGCAAGCGGAGGAUGCUUCUGCAUGUUAUUCUUCAGCAUCCGGUCUAUAUCUCAGAGUUGGUUCUCUCGCUGUUUCCAUCGAGAAAGUAAAGGAAAACGCGAAGUGAUAUGCUACGUAUAUUGUAUUUUUGUCAAAAACUAAAUUGCAUUUAAUGAAGAAUGGAAUUUCUUAGGAUCAAGUCGAGAAGAGACUGUACUAUCUCUGUCGUUCAGUGAGUAUCUCGCCGUUUCUGAUUGUGCUGCUACCGAAAUGCUUGAAACUGCUGCCUGUUUGGUCGUGCGUAAUACCGGGGAUUGCAGUAUAUUGCGAAGCUAGUCUCCUGACAAACAAACAAUGUACCCAUUCAAGCCUGGCUCAGAACUUGUCCGAUGACUGAUUCAUGAUUUAAUUUGCUUUUUGGAUUGUAAGGAGAUCAAUGGAGAGUCCUGCGCGUCCGUGCGCCCUGGUGCCAUUUUAACACUAAUACUGUGUUAAUUUGGGCUUGCAUGUCUGCACUGAAAUUGCCAACUCCAAGACUCAUACAACGUUGAUGCUGGAUAAUUCAGCAACAUUGUUGUAAAAAUGCUGAACAGCGUUUUGUUGCUCAGCGUUUUAACUGUGACCAGUUUCUCAUCGAAGACUGAGAGUCGCAAAACUUCGAAAGACAUUUGUAAGAACCGCUGCUCAUGUGAGGAAAAGGAGAAUAUAUUGAGCAUCAACUGUGAAAACAAAGGAUUUACAACGGUUAGUCUAUUUCAACCCCCACCGAACAAAAUCUGUCAACUCUUUCUCAAUGGAAACUUUCUUUCAAGGCUGAAUCCAAACGAGUUUGUCAGUUAUGGUAAUGUGACAUCACUUCAUCUGGGGAACAACGGGUUACAGGAGAUAAAGACUGGAGCUUUUACUGGACUGAGAUUUUUAAAACGACUUCAUCUCAAUAACAAUAACUUGGAGAUAAUCAAGGAGGACACAUUUGCUGGUUUAGAGAGUUUGGAGUAUUUACAGGCAGAUUAUAAUUACAUCAGCGCCAUUGAAGCAGGUGCAUUCGGCAAAUUGAAUAAACUCAAAGUAUUGAUUCUCAAUGACAACCUCCUGCUCUCUCUUCCCAACAAUGUAUUUCGUUUCGUUAUGUUAACGCAUUUGGAUCUAAGGGGGAACCGGCUUAAGAUGUUGCCUUUUGCUGGCGUGCUGGAGCAUAUAGGUGGCAUUAUGGAGAUCCAACUGGAGGAGAACCCGUGGAACUGCACCUGUGAUCUGAUCCCCUUAAAAGCCUGGCUGGACACCAUAUCAGUCUUUGUAGGGGACAUCGUGUGCGAGACCCCAUUCAGACUGCAUGGCAAGGACAUUACGCAAUUGAUUAAGCAAGAUCUAUGCCCCCGACGAAAUGCUGGUGAUUCCAAUCACCGCGCAAUGCAGCCUCCCUCUGAUUCCCAAUACCACGGCCUUUCUCCCACCCUACACCCCGGUGUCACUCCAACAAAAACCCCAAGGGCCUCCCGUCCCCCUAAAACGAGAAAUCGCCCCACACAAAGGGUAACGUCUAGUAAGGACAAACACGUUUUCGGGCCUAUAAUGGUUUAUCAGACUAGGUCCCCUGUUCCCAUGACCUGCCCUAGCAUUUGCGUAUGCACCUCUCAGAACCCAGACAGUGGAUUAAAUAUCAACUGCCAGGAGAGGAAAUUGCAUAAUAUAACAGAGCUUACCCCUAAACCGUCCUAUCCAAAGAAAUUGCAUUUAACAGGCAAUUACUUGCAGACCAUAUACAGAACAGACCUAACCGAAUACAGCUCACUAGAGCUCCUCCACUUAGGAAAUAAUAGAAUAGCUGUCAUUCAGAAUGGGGCCUUUGAAAACCUAGCUAAUCUACGGAGACUUUACCUCAAUGGCAAUUACAUUGAAAGUCUAUCCCAAUCAUUAUUCGCAGGGCUGCAGAGCCUUCAAUACUUAUACCUGGAGUAUAAUGUUAUCAAGGACAUUUUGCCACAGACGUUUAACUCCUUACAUAAUCUGCAGCUGCUGUUCCUAAACAACAAUCUACUGAGAUCCCUUCCCGACAAUGUUUUUGGAGGGACUAUGCUGACAAGACUAAACCUGAGAAACAAUCACUUCUCCCACCUGCCGGUGCGCGGUGUGCUCGACCAGCUCUCCGCAUUCAUUCAGAUCGACCUGCAGGAAAACCCAUGGGAUUGCACCUGCGACAUCGUUGCGCUUAAAAACUGGAUGGAGCUAUCCAGCACCAGCGUUGUGGUAAAUGAAAUCACAUGUGAUUCGCCCUCCAAACACGCAGGGCGGCUCCUCAGGUCUCUGCGUAACGAUGCAAUUUGUCCCGAGCCUAACGAGAUCACAAUAACCAAGGCCCCUACCGUCAGACCCAGCACUGACUCCACUCCUCCCUCUGCCAUCACGCCCACAGACGAGCAGGUGCCCGAGAUGCAUGCGGAGGUGCCCCUGUCGGUUCUCAUACUUGGACUGCUCGUGGUUUUCAUUCUGUCGGUCUGCUUCGGGGCUGGUUUGUUCGUAUUUGUCCUGAAACGACGCAAAGGUGCUGAUAGCGUUCCCGCCAGUGCCAAUAAUGUAGAUUUAAACUCCUUCCAGGUACAAUAUGGUUCUUAUAACACAGAACCCACUGCAGAUAAAACAGAGACGCAUGUGUAUAACUACAUCCCUCCCCCAGUUGGUCAGAUGUGUCAGAACCCCAUCUACAUGCAGAAAGAUAGCGAGCAGGUGGCCUACUAUAGGAAUCUAAAGGAACUAAGCUUCAGCACCAUGGACACUAAAAAGUCGGAGUUGCCCCCAAGUCCAUAUACCAUAAGCACAGUGGAGUUCAUUGAGAAACAAUCUUGCGGCAAUCGAGAGCCGGAACUGCUUUAUCAAAACAUUGCAGAGAGGGUUCAGGAGCUUCCGACUGUUGGGGCACUGAAUUAUAAUUUUUGCACUUUACCGAAAAGACAAUUCAUUCCUCAAUAUGAAACCACUAGACGACACAACCAGGACAGGUUGAAUAAAACGGUUCUCUAUGGGACUCCACGAAAGUAUUAUGCCAAUCAAUCAAAAAAUGAACACCCUGUGCUGCCUGGGAAGCUAAAAACAGAACCAGACUACCUCGAAGUUCUGGAAAAACAAACUGCAAUGAGUCAGUUGUAAGAUAUGACCCUACUUACUAUCAUCAGUAAUGAUUACAUCGAUUUGUAUCUAUGUACUCCACAAAUUGACGAGUCCAACUCAAUCAAAGCAACAUAAGCGUUUGCUCUCCAUUAUUGUCCAGCUGUAUUGAGUAAACGUAUAUGCAGUUAUACUAUUUUACUGGAGGUUUAAAUUAUUUCUUCUACUUGAAAUAUAGUCUGUAGCAGGUACCGCAAGAACUAUGUAAACUACUGCUUUGUGCAUUUCAUAUUCUAUAUUUUAUUUCGUCUGUGGGAAGCGAUUUCAUUUUAAUAGAAGAACAGAAGUGAAUAAUUAUGAAAUGACUUUCCUGUACAUAAUAGCCUAUUGAUGGUGAGUGUGAAACACAUGUACUGGUUCCGUCCACUUGGCAACUCAUUUAUUCCAGAAGUGCCUUUGCACUCCAAGUAUUUUAUCGUUGCUUUCUGCAAAUUGACAUUUUAUAAGUGCUGUAUUUUAAGAAUCUUUAUGUAAAAUAUAAUUAUUUGUCCAUUACAUUAAACAUAACUGAAGAGUGUAUGAUAUUUAUGGUAGAGAAUAUGUUUUGAAUAUCUAAGUGUCUUUCAAGAUGUACAAUUUAGAGAAUUGCAUAAUAUUGUAUGAUAUAGAUGAUCAAUACAAUGCGCCAUAAGCGCAAUUAAAUUUUCACUGAAGCACUUUGUCAAGUCUGAAUUAAGCAUUAAGAUUUUACGUCUCCCUCUCUCUCUCUCUCUCUCUCAGUGUGUGUGUGUGUGUGUGUGUGUGUGUGUGUGUGUGUGUGUGUGUGUGUGUGUGUGUGUGUGUGUGUGUGUGUGUGUGUGUGUGUGUGUGUGUGUGUGUGUGUGUGUGUGUGUGUGUGCGUACGUGCUUCCAUGUGAUGAGGAGGGGGUGGGUGGUUUAGGGGCGGUAACAGCACUCUCUUUGAUCUAUAGACCACUGUGUAUUGAUGAGGAAUUUGCUGAGCACUUUAGCUGAAUGACGCUGGUGCAUGCAAUUUAUCGACCAGCGUUGCUAUAGGUCCCUCACUGUAAUACCACAGGACUACCAUUCAUUUCAUACCUAUAAUAUUUUCCUCAAAAGGUAGAGAGCAGCAGUGUCCUCUAAAAGUAUAGAUUAUUUACCAGUACGUUACGAUUUACGGAUGAUAAAAACUACUGCUCCACAACAACUGAUCUCCUGUAGCCUACCUGAAACGCACAACAUGAUGAUUAGUUCUCAACGCUCCUUAUACCAAAAAUAGAUUGUUUUUAGUGGAUUUAAAUGGAUCAGUUUAUGUUUUGACCUUCAGAUGACAUUUGCUUUGAAGUCUGCUGUGGGCAUAAAUACAGUACCUUCUCCAAGCCCCGGUUAUUCUGCUGUUUGUCUCUCGUUUCGUUUUUGCCCGUCGCUUCACGUAGCUAUUGUGUCGCUGUCCAUGGUGCUGAAUGUUUUCUUCUUACUACUAAUGAUGCAUUUUCUAUGGAUUCUACUACAGUAAGGGUACUUUUCACUUGCUUUGUUCGAUUUCACAUUGACUUUGUUAUGAGUGCACCAUGUUUAUGUUGUUGUUCUUAAUCAUUAAUUAAUUAAACUGAGAAGUAAAUCAAAUUGGGAACUUAAAUUAGCAAUAACUGGCCUACUUGUGAUUUAAUUGAACCAUUAAUUUAAUGCUUAUGUGAGUCUUACAAUCCUGCUAUUAUGCUUGUGGGUAAGUGAGCUUGUGCUUGUGGGUAGCAGAGGCCAUUUGAGUUGGUGUGAGUGAGACUGAGUGAAAGUGCUGUUCAUUCCUUCUGAAACAGAGUGAUUUUCUUUCCUGCAUGGCACAAUGGGUCUCUGUGUUGCUGUUUACUGCUGCUGUGGAGAAUGAGGGGUUAGACAUGUCUUGCACACCAAUGAGGCUCCUCCCUCCCCACCACACACAGAUGUCGAUGGCAUGCAAUAGCUUUACAAUAGAAGUUAUCAAUCACUCCGGUCAGUUGACACCAGAAGAUAGGAUACAAUAUUAUACAUUGACAAACGUGGUGUGCUUAACAAUUUGAGGAUGUCUUUGAAGUAUGUGAUUGUGUGUUCUUGAAUGACUGUUGGAUGUUUUUGGGACACAGCCUGCUCUCUAAAGCUUCACUGGGAUAGUUUUGUCACAAACGAUUUCCAUCCAUGGAAAAAUCCAUAAUAAAGGAAGCAAUUGAGAUCUAUCGUUUUUGAUCAGCAUAUUGUAAUUGAUUCACUUUAAAUGAACCCUUUUUCAUUUAAUUCCAACAAUAUGGUUCCUGUUGUAGACUAAGGUUCUACAUGGGGGAUGUAAACUUUGACCUUGUUUUGCUAAGAUGUGAACUAGUGUGAAUCAAUGGAGACUGCUUGGGGCCUCUCCUGAGGCGAUCAUGGACCUCUUCAUAAAUGCUCUUGGGCAAGUUCAUGUUUAUUCAAAGGUUGGACUGUUUUUUUCCCCACUUUGAUUUGUGAUGAGGCCCAAAGAGAGUGGGCUAUGCUUGUUGUGUAUGAUACUGAAUCUCUUUGACAUGGUGGAGACCAAGAGACUAGUGGGAAGAAUGGAAGGUCGAUAUUCCUCUUUCCCAGGGUCCCCGGAAUUGGCCGGAGUCACAACCAAUUCACUCUCAUAGUAAGGAAGUGAUGCCGGAUUGUGACAUUUGAAAGGUCAGGGUCCAUAAUGUGUUAAUAUCUCAUAUUUUGGAUCACUAUACAUGCAUUGUUCCACAUUAACUGUUGGUUAUGAAUUUCAUAGUUUCUCUAAGAAAUGUUCAGAUAAAUGCUAGGCUCCUACUGCAUAUGGUAAUGCUGCUGCAGGAUUGUUUUUUUGCAUUCAUUAAAUCAAAGUAAUCAAGUACACAACUUAAAGUACAGUUGCAGUUUUUUUGUAUUGCUUUGGGGAAUUUUUCACAACUCUUAGUAUAAAACUCCAAACAGAUCAUCCAUAAGACAGUUGUUUCAAAACUCUAAGCACAUUUUCAAUUGACUAAUUACAACAGACAAAACAUAAUGCAUUUUUCAUCUUAAUGUGUUUCAUCUAGAAAUACAUGUUCACAUUGCAGUACAUGUUCAUAUAAAGUAACUGCCUUUCACAAUGCAAUGCUCACUUUACUUUGAUAAAAUACAUUUUACUAUUACUUAAUCCUGGAUGAUCACUAAAACAUUUGGUAAACCUAUAGAUUUUACAUGUAUACUGCCUGGCCUACUACAGAUUAUGAGAACUACAUAAUGAAAAUGUAUGUCUGUGAAGUAGAAACACGAAAAGUAUAAUAUGUACUACUAUAAUGAUGACAAUUAUGAUUUUACUGUACAGUAAUAAAAAAUAUAUAUCUGCGAGAUGUACCGUAUGUAACAAAUCAAAUCAGUGUUUAUGGGUAGCAGAUGUUACAGCAGGUUCAGCGAAAUGCUUGUGAUUCUGGCUCCUGUAGUGCAGACAUACAAUAGCAACAUGCAAAUAAUUCACACUGCUUUACUUACAUUUUAUUGACCAAUACAGUAUUGUAAUAUAUUACAUUUAUUUAGCAGAUACUUUUAUCCAGAGUGAACCCAGUGGGAAUCUAACCCACAACUCUGUUGUUGCUAGUGCCACACUCUAAUGAACUGAGCUACAGUUCCACUACAAUGCAGGAGAACAGUGCUGUAAAAUAGAAUAUAUGACUACAAUGCAGGUGGAAGGUGUAUGAUGGCCAUCACCAUGAGCAUAUCACCCUCCUUCAGUACAUGGAUGAGGCAUGCAAUGAUUUCAAUCCAGACUUAUGUAAGGCUUGGAUUCGCCAUGCCAAAAGGUUUUUCCCUAGGUGCAUGGGGCAGAGGGUUGCCUAGUGGUUAGAGCUUUGGACUAGUAACCAAAAGGUUGCAAGAUCGAAUCCCUGAGCUGACAAGAUCUGGCGUUCUGCCCCUGAACAAGGCAGUUAACCCACUGUUCCUAGGCCAUCAUUGAAAAUAAGAAUUUGUUCUUAAGUCACUUGCCUAGUUAAAUAAAGGUAAAAUAUGAACAAUGAGGAUAGUUAUUGCCUGAUGUGAAAACAGUUAUGUAGCAUGCUACAUUCAAAGGGCAAUUUUGUAUGUUAACUUGUUUGCUAUUGGAUUAACUUGAAGGAACAAAAUUGUUGUUAAAGGAACAAAAUUGAGAAGGUAUUGUGUUUUGUUGAUUAAACAUUAUACUGUAUUAUAUUUCACAGUAAACUUAUUUUUGGGAUUAAUGGUUGAGUGGUGAAAGUCUACAAACAAAAUGAAUGCACACCUAAAGGUUUAGAAUGACUGGCUUCGUUACAAGUGUUACCAGAUUGGAGUUUUGUACUAAGAGUUUAGAAAAUUCACCACAUAAUUG